AUGUCGAAGAAGUCAAUCCAAGUACCCUACAAAGAUGUUACAACUAAUUUCAGCCAAAAUAUGAAACAAAUAGGUUCAAUUAUACAUCAAAAUAAUCACAAUAAUCAAUUCAUUACUCAAACUGAAAUGUCAAAAGCUCUUACAAGAACACAUUAUACUGCAUCUCCGUCACAACCAGUUUGCGUCACAACUCCUUCCUUUUUGAAGCCUAAAAUUCACGAUAUUAUGAUUAGUUAUUCUCACGAUGAUAAUGAUUUAUGUUUUAAAGUGUACAAGAGACUACUGGAGCAUGGAUUUCGUAUCUGGAUUGACAAAGAAAACAUGCAUGGACAACAGAUGAAUGCAAUGGCUGAUGCAAUUGAAUCGACACACUUUGUUCUUUUGUGUAUGUCAGAGAGUUAUAUGAAAAGUGAAUAUUGUGAACAUGAAGCAAAAUAUGCAAAACAAUGUAAAUGUACAUUGAUUCCGCUGAUAAUGACAAAAGGAUUUCAUCCAACAGGAUGGUUAGGAUUUCUAACAGUUGAUCGGAAGUAUAUUAAUUUUACAAAAUAUGAAUUUGAUGAAGCCAUCAGUAUGUUAUUGGAUGAAAUUGAAAUGUACAGAAGUGUAAGAGAACAAAACUGGUUUAAAGCACAGUAG